AUGUACCCACCAGUACUCUCAAAGCCAGAACCAGGAGAUACUCUGAUCUUAUACCUGGCUGUGGGGGAACAGGCAAUAAAUGUUGUCAUGAUCAAGGAAACUGAUAAAGGCCAAGAGCCAAUUUAUUUCAUCAGCAGAGCCUUGCAAGGUGCAGAGGUCAGAUAUCAAAAACUAGAAAAGGUGGCCUUUGCUUUGCUGAUCACGGCUAGAAGAUUGCGGCUAUAUUUCCAGGGACAUCAAAUAAUAGUUCGGACUAAUCAACCUAUACGACAGGUGUUACACAAGCCGGACCUGGCAGGAAGAAUGACUAAUUGGGCAAUUGAGCUCAGUGAGCAUGAUAUAACAUAUGAAAGUCGGAAGGCCAUCAAGUCACAAGCUCUGGCCGACUUCAUAAUGGAGCUAACACCGAUGAACCCGGAACAUAACAAAUAUGGGGAUGCAUGGAAGGUCUACGUAGAUGGAUCCUCCAACGAUAAAGGAAGUGGAGCUGGAAUCAUACUCGAAAGCCCAGAAGGAGUGACAAUAGAACACUCCUUGAACUUGGGAUUCCCAAUUUCGAACAAUCAAGCAGAGUAUGAAGCUUUGAUAGCCGGAUUGAUGCAGGCUAAAGAACACGGAGCUAAGAAGGUAAAAAUCUUCAAUGAUUCACAAUUGGUAACUUCACAGAUAGAAGGAAAGUAUCAGGCCAAAGGUUCUCUAUUGAUGCAAUACCUGAGCAAGAUUCAAGAGAUGAUGACCGAUUUCGAUAAAGUGCAAAGGCAACCCAUAGUGCCAUACCUUGAGAAAGGAAUAUUGCCAGAAGAUCGACUGGAAUCUAAGAAGCUGGUCCGAGAUGCGGCACAAUACACAAUUGUGAAUGAUCAGCAGUUUAGAAAGGGGUUGCAUGUACCCAUGCUGAAAUGCUUGAACUCGGAAGAGGCAGAAUAUGUUCUAGCCGAGAUACACGAAGGAAUCAAUGGCCAUCACAUGGGAGGCAAAGCUUUGGCUAGAAAGGCCCUCCGAGCUGGUUAUUAUUGGCCGACUAUGGAGGCAGACUCUAAAGAUCAUGUCAAGAGAUGUGAUAGUUUCCAGAAGCAUACCAAGCUAAUUCUUUCACCACCUGAAGAACUAAAAUAUAUCUCGGCUCCAUGGCCCUUUUACAAAUGGGGAAUGGAUCUGCUGGGACCCUUCAAAGCUGCUGAAAGACAAUUAAAGUGGUUGAUUGUAACUGUGGAUUACUUCACAAAAUGGAUAGAAGCAGAACCGGUCACCACCAUCACCUCGGCUAGAUUACAAAGGUUCUUCAAAAGGAAUAUUGUCUCCAGAUUUGGAAUACCGGCUGAGGUGGUAACUGAUAAUGGAACACAGUUUGCUGAUAAAAGGUUUCGAUAA